GAACAACCUUAAGGCCAGCACUGCGCGCUAGCUGCUUAGAUGGUGCGUAUAUAAUCGUGUUGCUGACUGUCACUAGUGGAAUUGACGAAGUGGUGUUCUUGGAAUUCUAAUUUCUUCAAUACCAUGGGUCAACCGUGCCGGCUGUUUGUGACACUCAGUUGCACACUUUUACUCAGUAGCAUUACGGAUGCUGAAUAUCCGCUGGAAUUCACUGCUCAAGUGCAAUCCUACCCAAAUAUAAUGCGAACAAAAGACCUGUGUCUACCGCUGAAGGGGAGUUACGAACAUGCCCAAACCUAUGUUUGCGAUCCGGAUCGGCUUCUCACGGUGAACCAAAUCAAUCGACUGAACAGUAUUUUACAAGAAUUUCGGAAUCUUCGCUCGAGAGACGACACGGUUUGCACACCCAGUAACCCUCAUCCGGUGAUUGCAGUGGCGCUAGUGAACAAAUUGAAGGUGGGUAACGAAAUCCCUGAUCGACUGCUCAGCUAUGCGUCCAUAUUUGCCUACUAUCUGUUCAACGAAUGGAAUUUGCCCUCCACGUGCCACACGGGGUCAGACAAAAUGAUCGUGUUUUAUUCGAAGGAUGACGGUGUGAUCUACACAUUUGCUGGAAACCUACUGGAGAGAAAAUUAUCCUCGAACAAUCUCAUCGAUAUCGCCGUUCAAUCAAGAGUGUACUUUUCGAAUGGAAUUUAUGAAGGUCUGACUUAUUUAAUUCAGAGGUACAGAGAUGCUGUCACACUGGGUCGAGUGGACAUAUUCAACAGAGGGUAGAAACUACAAAUCGGAUAGCCUAAAUCAGAUGGAACCAGCUGAGUGGACCUUGCACCACUUGUGGUCACCACAACCCCUCAAAUUCUCUUCGUAUCUUUCACUUUUAGGUCGAAAACGACAACUAACGCAUGCAGUAAUCUAUGAAUUUCGGUUCGCGCAAAACAAACUACACAAGCUGUUCUACGAGCUGACCUUCGAUUUAUAAAAAUAACGAUUGUUCUACAAUUUGCACCGGUUUUUCCCAAAAUAUACAGCACUUUCGCAACCACG